AGGAAGAUGAAGUGGCGCAAAAACGCGAUGGUUUAGGGAUUUUACGGUUCUCUUCCCUUGGUUUCUGAGAAAAUGAUAACCCAAUCGAACCGAGCCGAACCGUUCGAAAUCGAGCUUAAACCGCGAAGAAACCACACCCGCCAGUUUUCAAAUCGACCUUCUGUUUUCAAAACUAUAUUAACUCAGGUACACAUGCGGGAGGAAACAGGUGGGAAAUUAUACAAGCAAAUAAGCAAUGAGGCUUCACAGAGAAAAUAGCAAUGUAACACCCGUAUUUUUAUUCAUUUUAUAAAGUUUUUCAAUUAAUUAACUUUCUUAAUUACCACUUUAUUUUUACUCAAAAUUGUCUGCUUAACAAAAAAUUCCAAUAAAUAUAAAAAAAACUGAAAUAAAUGUUUGAUAAAUCAAAACAAAUGUAUGAAAAAAGAAAAAAAUGUCUGAUACCACCAAUUCAUUCGAACAAUGAUAUAUUCGUCAAUCUCAUCCCGAAAGAAAAUAGAAAGAAGAAUUCAGUAACAGCGAAGUCACUAAACAAAAUAAUGAAUGUCAAACACAAACCACUAACUCAGUUGUACUAUUUCAACUAUGCAAGUGUAAGUCUAGCAUAAAACAAACACGAUACUUAAUGCAUGUCCUAUAACAAGUAAUAUGCCUAGUGCACCGUUCAAACACAAUCAAUUUGCUAAUAGUAUAUUAACAACUCUAUGCAUCCCGCAUUUUCUUAUAAUAAUAUAUUUAUAUCUCUAGAAGUUGCUAGUACAUAAAUCCAUCUUUGUACUCUCUAAAUCUUAUCCUAGGUAACUGGUAGAAACGUCUUUAUACACUCAUAAUCUCCACUAAAUGUGUCGUUAGCACAUACAUUUAUAUGCUACGUAAUCUCCAUUAAAAAGUACCGCUAGUAUAAACGUCUCACUACCUCCGCCAGAUCCACAACAUGAAUUAUAUUUUACACACACACAUAUUCGAAUUAUAAUCAGGUUGGAGGCGGUGUUUCAAAACAAAAAAAUCAGGUUGGAGGCGUAUUUAGCAUGAAUCAAUUUUUCAAAUCAUGUGACACACUAUAUAAAUUAUUAAAGUUGUAAUAGAGUAUUUUCCUCAACGUUUUAUUCCCUUUAUAAAAUAAUAACAUUAUACAUACAAAAUAAUAUUAUUAUAAUACAAAAUAAUAAUAUUAGGCUAUAUACAAUGUUUUACUUUUCAACACCUGACUUCUAUUUUUAACAUUCUACUAGGUAGCAUGCUCGGCGCGAAAUGAAUAUUUUAUUAAAAAUUAUUAAAUAAAUAGUUUUUAUAAAAAUAUUCUAAAAUAAUAAUAAAAAGAUAUUUAAAUAUUCUUUCAAUUUAAUAAUUUUAUUUAUAGAAUCCAAAAUAAUAGUUUUAUAUAAAAUAAAUAAAGAAAUAAAAUAAUUUACUAUAAAAUAAUUGUUAUGAAAUAAUUAUAGGUUGAAUAAAAAAUCAAAAAAUUCAAUAACCAAUCAGCAUAUAACACAUAUCACUGUUGUGGACCAUGCUUUUAUUUUUCUACCAUUUUAAAACAUUCAACUACAAACCCUCAAUAUCAUAUUAAUUUUCUUUUAACAGUUUCACGUGAAACUUUCAACACUUGAAAAAAAAAAUUCAAUAGCCUCGAAGUAAAUAAUAUAUUAUGGUAUUAAUAUGCAUGCAGACGUCCAUAGUUCAUCACAGUUCUCAUCAAAUAGCAACUAUCAAACCAAGUAAGAAAAGGGAGAAAAAAAGACAUAUCGAUCAUGUCAACUACUCCACAAUGGGUCAUGAUUGGAGGAGAAGGUCCUGAGAGUUACAAUCAACAUUCAUCGUAUCAGAGAGCUUUGUUGGAAGCCGCAAAAGAAAAAAUGAACGAGGCUAUCUCUGCCAAACUCGGCCUCGACUUGAUUUCUGAUCGCUUUUGUGUCGCGGAUUUUGGUUGCGCAAGUGGACCUAACACUUUUGCUGCAGUGAAAAACAUAAUAGAUGCAGUAGAAGACAAGUACCGCAAGGGAACCGGACAAAACCCGGAGGAGGACAUUGAGUUCCAAGUCCUCUUCAAUGACUUUACCAACAAUGGUUUCAACACUCUCUUCCAGGCACUUCCUGCGGGGAGAAGGUACUAUACUGCUGGUGUUCCGGGCUCCUUCUUCGGACGGGUUCUCCCUAAGCAGAGUUUCCACAUAGGAGUUAUCAAUUAUGCUUUCCAUUUCACUUCCAAAAUCCCCAAAGAGAUCACCGACCGUGACUCUCCUCUGUGGAACAGAGACAUGCAUUGCACUGGUUUCGACGAAGCAGUCAAGAAAUCAUAUCUUGAUCAGUACUCGGCCGACACCACGAAUCUAUUAGACGCUAGAGCUGAGGAGCUCGUCCCCGGGGGAUUGAUGUUGCUCUUGGGAUCAGGUCUAAGGGACGGGGUUAAGAUGUCGGAGACCGCUAAAGGAAUGGUGAUGGAUUUCAUCGGAGCUUCUCUUAACGAUCUUGCUCAAUUACAUAUAACUACCAUACCCGUUGACUCUUUCAGCACACCACUCUACUUUGCAGAAGAAGGCGAGUUAAGGCAAAUCAUAAAGGAGAAUGGGAAGUUCACAAUCGAGGCUUUUGAGGAUAUCAUUCACCCAUAUGGUGAGUUUCCACUUGACCCCAAGAUCUUGGCCGUUUCCACCAAGGCCUCUUUUGGAGCUUUCAUAUCUGCACAAUUUGGAGCAGAUGCAAUGAGGAAAGCCUUUGAACUCGUCGAGGUCAAGGCACGUGAAGAGUUUUCUCGCAUCCAAAAUUCCAAACCAGAAAUGCAGUACCUCAUCGUGCUUCGCAAGAACUGAUGAUCCAAAUAUAUUAUUGAUUUUUAUGAUAUUUCAAAGUUAAUUUGUGUUUUUAUCGUUGUAAUUCUUGUUCUUUCAUCUCAUGGUGUGUUGUCUCUUGUUGUUACUUCUUACUGUUGUCGUGUUAGUGCUUAUUUAUUCUACAGCUUAAUAAAUUUAAUAUCUUUAUAUUUAUCUGGUUCAUCUAAGCAAAAUAAAAAGCUAACACGCAUUUGUGUCGACGAGAUGCUCCAUCAAUAUUGUACUACACGAAAAAGUUAUGGAAAAAUAAUAUCAGGCUGGUGUGGAAGAUUCUCAAGACAAAAUCUUUUGAUAUAAAAAGUAGAAAUACAUACAAGUUUCCUACAUUAAAGCACAUAUAUAUAAUAAAGAGACAAUUGGACUAAUAUACCUAAAUCGGUGUGAAAUUAAGAAAGUACCCGAAAGCAAAAAAAACCCUUCAGAACUGUAGAUAUUUGCGUCCCCCAUCCCCCUUUUACCCCUAUAGUCCGGACACGUAAGGCAAGCAUGUUUUGAUUCGGUGUAAUCUGCACAAGUACAAUCCUAGAUUUCUAUAUUGCCUUUUACUCCACUUGCUAAAUAGGCGGCUAGCUUUCUACUAGGUAGCUGUCAUUAUCUGUUCUUAAUAGUAAGUGAUUCUCAGCCACAAAUAAUCUUUUUUUUUUACUAUUUUCAUAGAAAGUUAAUUAUAUAUCAUCGUCAUCAUACACCGUCUAUCCUCGUCGUAGAGUUUCAGUAGAAGUCAUGUCGAAUUGGAAAAGACGAUCAUUUAUAUUUUGUGAUUUCAAAGGAGCUUAAGAGAUUCAUGUACAUCUUGUGAACCAGUGUAUUCAUCACACGAUCGAAAACAACAAAGUUACCUGUUAUAAUAUUCCGUAUGUAUAAUUAACAUGUUAUCUGUUACAUUAUAUUUUAUCGUUGACAUUGUUCAUACUUAUCGCAUGAUCGUAAUUGUUAAUUAGAUCAAUAGUGGCUACAGUUUUUACGUAUAUG